AUGCAAACAAUAAAGUGUGUAGUAGUUGGUGAUGGUGCCGUUGGGAAGACGUGUCUAUUAAUCUCUUAUACAACUAACAAAUUUCCUUCUGAAUACGUUCCUACGGUUUUUGACAAUUAUGCUGUUACAGUUAUGAUUGGUGAUGAACCAUAUACAUUGGGUUUGUUUGAUACAGCUGGUCAAGAAGAUUAUGAUCGUCUUCGUCCUCUUUCUUAUCCACAAACGGAUGUUUUUCUUGUUUGUUUUUCUGUAACUUCACCAGCUUCUUUUGAGAACGUUAAAGAAAAAUGGUUCCCUGAGGUUCACCAUCAUUGUCCUGGUGUUCCAUGUUUAAUUGUUGGUACACAAGUAGAUUUACGGGAUGAUCCAUCGGUAGUUGAAAAACUAUCAAAACAAAAGUUGAGACCUGUAACUUCUGAGCAAGGCGAGAGACUCGCUCGAGAAUUAGGUGCAGUUAAAUAUGUUGAGUGUUCAGCAUUAACGCAAAAAGGUUUGAAGAAUGUAUUCGAUGAAGCUAUCGUUGCAGCUUUAGAACCACCGGUUACUAAAAGACCUCGCAAAUGUUUACUUCUGUAG